UUCAUUAUUAAUUUAAUUUCUUUGUGCACGCAUGGAGUGGCAGUGUGCGCGAAUACAACCCCUUGUGUAGUUGUCACAUUUGUUGUUUUUUUUCCUCUUUUUUCCCCCCACAUAUCAGGGCUGCUGGGCGUGGAAUCUGGCACACACAAAGCGACGCUGCGCCAGAACGAACAUUCACAAGGCGGCUUUUUGAUUGAGGGAUUGAAGGAGGAGAGAAAGAAGGCGGGGAGAGAGGAGGUAAGAGUUGUGGAUCUCAAUGUGAUCACGAUGAGGAGUGUAUCGAUUCUGUGAGCGCGCUCCACAAUAGGCGGCAUCUCUUGCACUCCACUCCACGACCACGGUGCGCGUCACACUCUCGCCUCUUUGAGUGUCAUCUGAUUUUGCUUUUUGUGGAAAUCUUUUUAAUUCAAACUGACGGAAGUGAACGACAUUUUUCAAUCUCUGCCUCAGCUUUGUGGAAGCGUCACGCCUCUUCAUUAAGAAUUGCAGACACACUUGUGCGCCGCCGACUUGCUCCAUCACCCUGGAAGAAGAUUGAAUAAUUUACGCCACAAUCACGCCUCGUCGCCUUGCCGGGAUGCUCCGCUGAUCUUUUUGCCUCCUUUUUCCAUACACCUUCCUGGAGGAUUUCUCGAGCAUUUGAAGAAGCUGCGCACGCAUCUCAAAUAUCAUCUGUUGCUGCUAUACCUACCGGAGGAGGAGGAGGAGGAGGAAUCUGGAAUCCGAUGAUGAAGACAAGGAUAAGGAAAGGAUAAAAUGGACGAAAAGGUUCUGUUACUUUUAUUGCUUCUCCUGUCCUUGCACGCCGUGAUUCCAUUCAUUAUGAUCCGUCUCUGUCGUCGACCCCCCCUCCCUCAUUGAUCCGUAAGUUUAAUAGCCGUGUGAGCAUCUCCAAGUCAUCCAGCAAAGACACGCACGGUUGGGGAACAAAUCGUGGAUGUAUCCCCCACCCAGCACCACGACACCCCAGCUUUGAUCCCCCCCUCACUUCCCACUCAAAUGUUGAUGAUGGAAGACGACGAACUGGACGCUCAUCAGGUUGAUUCGGAUUUUGAGCCGCAAAGCCGGCCUCGCUCCUGCACCUGGCCGCUUCCGUGCCCGGAGGAUUUCCCCCCCGCCGCCGCACAUGAGGUGAGCGGUGGGGGGCUCCCGCUAGCCGGCAUCAAGGUGGAGCCGGAGGACGUGCCGGCGUGCCGAGCCGCGCUGCUCGGGGGAGGCGCGCUGACCGGCGAUCUGAAGCAUCCGGCCGGCGCCCCGGCACCGACCGGCGCCACGCAUCCGUGCCUCGACGUGAGCGGACCGCUGCGCAAAGCCAAGUCGUCGCGGCGGAACGCAUGGGGUAACCAGUCCUACGCGGACCUCAUCACCAGGGCCAUCGAGAGCACCCCGGAGAAGAGGCUGACGCUGUCACAGAUUUACGACUGGAUGGUCCGCUACGUGCCCUAUUUCAAGGAUAAAGGCGACAGUAACAGCUCGGCCGGAUGGAAGAAUUCCAUUCGUCACAACCUCUCGCUCCACACACGCUUCAUCCGUGUUCAAAAUGAGGGCACAGGAAAGAGCUCAUGGUGGAUGCUCAACCCCGAUGGAGGGAAGAUGGGCAAGGCCCCCCGGAGGCGAGCAGUUUCUAUGGAUAACAACACCAAGUAUCUUAAGAGCAAAGGUCGCAUCAGGGGCAAGAGGGUCGGACGCCCUGGAAUUGGAGCAGGUUCCACUGUCGUUGGGCUACAGGGCUCCCCUGAUCAUGGCAGCCCACCACAUAAAGUGCUCCCCGGAUCUGGAGGUGCAUCUGGGACAGAUGGGGAGUUCGACGCCUGGACGGAUCUCCACUCCAGGGCUAGCUCGUCGGCCUCCACCCUGAGCGGGCGUCUAUCGCCCAUCCUUGCUGAAGGGGAACCGGAGGAACCAGAGGAAGGAGGCCUGUCCUGUUCCACCUCCCCACACCUCUAUCCCUCGCCGACCGCCCGCUCUCCGUCCAUGGGGGCAGGCAACCGCUGUCCUCCCCUUGAGCAAUUGCCUCAGCUGGCCAACCUGACAGGUGCCAUCAGUCUUGAUGAGCAGCUGAUGGAGGACAGUUAUCAUCACCAUCAUUCACAACAGCAGCAACACCAACAGCAUCCCUCUGUUGGCAGACAUAAGCACCAAACCUCAGUCUACCACUACAGCUCUGGAGUAAAGGGUCAGGGGGCUUAUGGUUCUGGGGGGUAUGCUGCGACAGGCAUGGGCAUGAUGCGCCACCACUCACCCAUGCAAACCAUCCAGGAGAACAAGCCGGCCAGGUUCUCGGGAACGAUGCGGACAUACUCCAGCACCAACGCCCUGCAGAGUCUGCUAACAGGGGGAUCAGCCAGGCAGCCGUACUGCCCCAAGGACAUGAUGUUGGCCCCCAAGAGAGAAAGCCAUCCCAUGAUGGGCCCGGCUUGUAAUGGCUCCAACCCUCAUGGCCACCUCCCCGGUCACCACAAUGGACCUCACAGUCACAACAGAACUCACAGCCAUACUCCGUCACACAAUCACAACUCAUCUCACAGUCUCAGUCAUAACAGCAUCAGCCAUAACCACACCCCGCCCCGUGCGCUGCCCCUCAACCCAUGCGGCAACCAACUGCAGACCUACAAUCACAAAUCGCCCUACCUGUACAGUCCACCGUCACACGCCCACCUCCCGGCGUCAACCACCCUGCCCCCUAAUCCAGCAGGGAUGCUCGGCAUGCCCCAGGACUCUUGCCAUUUGGCCACCGCCCCUCAUCCACACCCUCGUCACAACCAUUACCCUGAGCCUCAACACCAAGCCAUGGCUAACGGACCCUUCCACCUGGGCCAGGGCAUGGGGGGCAGUAACGGCAGUGGGGGCUACCACCACGGCUACCACCAACCCCACCCGCACGAGAGACUACCAGCUGACCUGGACAUUGACAUGUUCCAGGGCAGCUUGGACUGCGAUGUGGAGUCCAUCCUCCUCCACGACAUCAUGGACUCUGGGGAGGAAAUGGACUUCAACUUUGACUGCUCCCUUGCACAGGGGGUGGGAAUCGGAAUGGGCAUGGGCAUGGGUGUGACCAUGGGCAUGGGGAUGGGAAUGAGCGGACUAGCUGGUCCACAGCAAACCCAUAGCAACCAGAGCUGGGUCCCUGGCUGAAAUCCGGCCGGACCAUCCGGGCCCCCACAAAAAGAACAAUGUUACCCAUAAAGCACUGUGCUCAACUGUGACAUUCCUGACUUGACACAGAGACUAUAGGACUAUGUCUUUCUUUGUUGUCUGUCACCCCUUGCUCCUUUUUUGCCCCACCCCCCCUCCUCUCCCUGUGAGAUCCAGCUCAUGUCUCGUUAAGUAUUUCUUCAUAUCAGCUAUACUGUGAUGACAAUCUCUCAGCAUCAUUGCUUCUCAUCUACCAUGAGAGCUGAACUCUCAGUGCACUUUAUCGCAAGUGGGUCUUCAUCUGGCAGAACAGCUAUUGCAGAACGUUUGUAACGAGGCUGUAACAUUUUGGGCACGAACACAUGAAGUCAGAAGCUAGUGUCAGAUGUCAAACUUAAAUGGGACCCUUAAUCAGUCAUAGUCAGAAGUCGGGACCUUUUUUCAUACCAAAAAAUGUACAAGAAAUAUCACUGAAAACAAAAACCUUAGCAAAAACUCAAUACAUGCAAAUGAAUUUAUGAUCUGGAGUCACUUCCCCCUCAUAAUGAAAUUCACGCUCAUGAGAUCCAAUCAAUCCUCGCCACUGUCUUAGCACUCCUGUUAUUUACGGCCUCAUACAUCCAGACCUUGGCACCUUGACUCCUCUGUUGGGCGCAAUGUUUAGUUAAUGUCCUUUUCGGCAUCGGCCGAGGCGUGUUGUCACUACAUCACCAAAUGGAUUCCAUCAUUACUCGCUUGCAUGCAAUUUGGUGAAUUAAAAACUUGUAUCACCUUGUCUCACCUGGGCCUCUGGAGCCUCUCUCUCUGGCAUUGUCUGGAAGUGGCGUUCUCUUUCCGCCUGCCAGCGGAGACAAAGUGGCCAUUACUCACAGCGAGCCAUUAAUGGGGCUUGAUUGAAAUUCAGCAUCUUGCUUUUAAUCUCCAAAGUGAUGCGGCAGCGAUGCGUCAUUAUUGAGAAGCUAACACAUUGUCCUCCCAUAUCUCACCUCCCCGGGGUCCAUCCGAGGGGGGUGGCCGCUUGCCCUGCCCGACGUUGACGUGCUGAGAAAGCCGAGUCAAUCUUGUUGCCAUCCCGUUUCAAGAAUGUUCACUGGAAGAGAUGGAGGAUCAAUCACGAGCUGGUGCAAAUAGAUGACAAUUUUGACAGGGUCAACGAGAAGCCCGCAAAACCAUCCACCCCCAAGAUACGUCCCCCCCUUUUUUCUGUGUGUUUAUUCUGUUGUCGUGUAUUUGUCGUUGUGUUGUUGCUAACUCUACGGACCAACAGCGCUCAUGUAUUGUGCGCCGAGGAAAUUCUGUCGGUGAAAUGAUGUAGUGCAGUAUGACAUUCCUCCCAUCCUUCUGGUCGGAACCAUUCCGCCCGCCCACAUGUGUGCUUUGCUCAAUUGUCUCUGUGUUUGUGAGUGAGGGGUGGGGGCGGUGCUGGAGUGUGUGGUGGCGGUGGGGUGGGUUAGUCUGAAGCUUCUUUAUCAUUGGCCUUGAAGGAGUCAUGGAGA